ACUUAUAAUUUCAUCGUGUAGAAUUAAUCAUAGAGUCGAUUUUUAAAAAUAACCGCAUCAUUUUCUGGGUGACGGGAUUUGAACGAUCCUGACCAUGAUCAUAUCUUUGGAGUACCUUUUGAUUUGUUUGUUUGCUUAGUUUUUGUUGAUGAUACUGUUCUUAUUGUUGUUGUUGUUACUGUUGCUGGUUUUUUUAAUUAUAAUCUUAUCUGGACUCUUAAAAGGUUUGUGCACUUCAAAGGUGGCAAGGUAUUUAUUAAACAAUGCUUUUGGUUGCAGGAUAUGGAUAAGAUUUUCCUGGACCUCAGCUGUGCUGAAGGCGCUCACCGAGGCAUAGGAGAUUCUCUUCUUAACUCCAAAAUUUUAACCGAAGAUAGUUACCAAGACUGUACACCUAAGGCACCUAAGGAGACAUCAUACUUCUUUAGCUGGGCACCAAAACUGAGUCAUGUGAGAGAUAGCAAAGAUGUUGUGGAUGGCGCUGUUGUGGAGAUGGAAGAACCACUUCUGACUUCAGGAGUUGACGGUUUAAGUAAGCCGUCUUACCCAGUUCUCGGCGAGGGCCUCAACCUAAGAGACGAGCUUAAAGAAACAUCAGUCGAAGCGGAGAAUCCUGAAGCUGAUCCUGAGGAAAAAGACGAUGAAGAUGGGAACGCCUUUUGAGUCCAAGGAAAUAUCAAGUUUAAUUAUUUGACCGGAUACAUGAACUGCCAUGCCCAAGAAAUAGGAGAAAAUGUCCACCUGAAAUCGAGUUGUGGAAGUUAAAACUGACGCCAAAAGGCGAUAUUUUUUAAUGGGGAUUGAGAACACAAUUUUAAGAUUAAUGAAAUAAUCAGUGCUGUUUUUCAAGAUGUAUUAUGUAGAUAUUUAUACAUUCUUAAAACAUAAUGUUAUAUUUCAGUCAUUGCUGAAGUUCCUGAAUUGAGCACAACGUUUCAGAAGCCUUCGUUGGCUUACAUGUCUAUUGUUUGCCUUUAGUCCUUUAGGUACGUUUUUGUUUUACUUCAGUGCUUUAGUUGAAUAUCAAAACUUACCCUCCUAACGAAGCACAAAGUUAAAUUGAAGCCAGUCUCACCCUAGUCACAUGUUUGUGACUUGAGGUUUCAUUGGCUCUAUGUGAUUUUUACCAUUGUUCUGGUUUUUACAGAACUUAAUGGCAAAGGACUCAACCACACCAUAGUUAGUGGGUUUAACCAAACUAUUGAGAAUUUGUAAAAAAAAGAUUUGUAAAGAGUCUCUAUCAUAAGGCAGUAGAUGGUCCUCAGUUUUAAAGAAUUCCAUACUGAUUUGGUUAAGUGCGGGAAAGAAGUACACUUUACGCCUGUUCUUGCAGUGAAGGGAAAGCUGCAUAAAGCGCUAACUUAGUUUUACAGGGCCUGUAAGUUUCUGUUUUAAAUUUUUAAAGGACAUCAGCUCACAGAUUUUUAAUCUGUAUUUUGACGUCAUUAAUAUGAAUGUCCUAAAAAGGGAGUUUUCCCUUAGUCCAAUACUAAGGUCAAUAUUGAAAUGACCCAGAAGAUACAUAA